ACCCUAUCUUAUCUCUGGCAUAUCAUCGACAAGUCACUCACUGGUAACCUGGCCUGUCUUUCGCGUUUCUUUCACAUCCCAUAUUUCAGAUUGUACUCAGCAGCGAGACACAGACUUCAGACCUGAAAGACAUUGUUUCGCAUUUCCUUUCGUAUCUCCUCUCCUAGAGUUAUGCCAAAGGAGGUCAGACAGUCCACUCGAGCCCACAGCCAACAAACAACCAUGCAAGCUGUUGGAGUCACUAGUGAGCCUCGCACCGCCAGUACAUGGUCCAACGCAGAUGAUGAGAUACUCAUGAGUGCUCGAGCGGCCGGCAUGAACUGGCAACCAAUCUCGGCGAAACAUUUCCCUGCAAAGACGGCAAAUGCUUGCCGCAAGCGACACGAGCGCCUAAUGGAACGACGUAAUGCGGAGGAGUGGGACGGCGUCAAGCUGGAAACACUUGCUGUAGAGUACAUGAACUGCAGGCGAGAGAUGUGGCAGAUUCUCGCGAAUCGAGUAGGAGAGAAAUGGACCCUGGUCGAGCAGAAAUGCAUGGAAAAGGGUUUCAAGAACCUUCAGGCUGCGCAGCGGUCCGCGCAGCGAAAGGAGCGAGGUAUUUACGGAGACGAUAGCGGCAUCGACCUGGACGCUGAGAACGACAUAGAUGAUAGCCCGUCCUCUGCUCACCAGGCCCCCUUUGUUCAAAAUCUGUAUGGCCGCGGUGGAAUGAGCAUUCAGACCAUGCUAUCACCAUCUCCUCGCGGCCCUCAAGCUUAGCAAAGGCAUCCUCCCCGGCGUUUCCAUUACCUCAUUCCCACAACUGGAGUUUACGGCGCAUAUUUGAAGUUAUUGACUGGAAACUUACGACUCUCGUUGCGCACCAUACCG